AUGACAAGUCUCAAUAGCCCCACCAUCACCCGUCUCAUCGGACUCGGAGUCAGACGCUGGGCGCCCUCCUGUGCCCAGGCACUACACCGACAGAAACGUGAGCCAUCCUUGCUUGUCCCUCCCAGGCAACGUCUAACACCGCCCUGGCAGUACAUUCGUGGAAAGCACCUCGAUAAUUGGACCACCUGCUCCACCAUCAUAGUCGACUGGACCGACAGGGACCGACAGAUCAUGACCUCGCACCUCGCCAGACACGAGCUUCAUAAGGGAGAUUUGAAGGCGGCAUACAUCGGCAAACUUAUGAACCGGUUGGGACUCUCUCAGUACGCCAAACUCGAUACUUCAUUGAUGUACCAGUCAACAUGCAUCAACAAGCUCCAAAGCGCACUCGAAUGCCGUCUCAGGGCGCUCGACAAAGCUGGCCAUGUAUCGGCCACUUUCGUCCUUCCCUACCUGGCCAAGUGGAAGUGGUACACCCGAGCUUGGGGCAGCGAUGACUGGAAUGGCGACAUGACUCCUCCUCCCAGGUCCAACACUACCACAUCCAUAUCGACCUUUUGCACGGCGGCCUCUCCGACUCCUAUCCUGGACAAACCCCCCCCAUACUUUCCCAUUCUCCCCUUGACAACAGACGUCAUAUCACAUAUACCAGAGGAGCAGAAUGUUGUCAUGAAAGGUGUUCAGGACAUACUUCAGUCCGGCCUCACUCAACAGCAGCGUGCCGAACAUGAAGAGGCGUUACCACAACAGCUUCAACGUGAGGUUCAGUAA